UCCCUGCUCUCCCAUAGCUGACAUUCCAGCGGGGGACAGAAAAUAAACUAGUGUCAGCUGGUGGCCAGUGCUACGAGGAGGUGAAGGCUGGAGACCUUUGACCUGAGGCUGAACCUUGUGGGAGUCGGAGGCCUGCACGUGCCCUCAGCAGCUGGAAAGGUAGAGGCAGACGGACCUGAUUCAGAGGCUGCCCUCUCCCCCAGGCACCAGAACCCCCCAGAGCUUCUGAAUGAAACAUGCUGGGCUUGCAGAGCUCAUUCUCCACGCCGGCUGCCCCAGUUCUGUCCUGGACAGCGUGCCCGCCAGCCACCACCAGCCAUGGCAGAGCCCCGGGACCACCUCCUGCUCUGCCUCCUGGUCCUCUGCCUGGCAGGCUUCAGCUUCAUCGGGGGGCAGAAGGUACAGUCCAGACGCUGUGACAUGAAGACCAGGUUUGUCACUCACAUACCCUGCACCCCGUGCCCUGCCAUCAAGAAGCGGGUGUGUCCCUCGGGCUGGCUUCGGGAGUUCCCGGAGAAGAUCUCACAGGACUGCCGGUACGAGGUCCAGCUGGGGGGCUCUUUGUUGUCUGUGAGCGGCUGCAGCGUGGAGUGCUCGAAGGACGUGGUGCAGAAGGCCUGCUGCCCUGGCUACUGGGGGUCCCAGUGCUAUGAGUGCCCUGGGGGUGCUGAGACCCCAUGCAACAGCCACGGGACCUGCCUGGAUGGCAUAGACAGGAACGGGACCUGCGUGUGCCAGGAAAACUUCAGUGGCUCAGCCUGCCAGGAGUGUAGAGACCCCAACCGCUUCGGCCCUGACUGCCAGUCAGUCUGCAGCUGUGUGCAUGGCGUGUGCCGCCAUGGGCCACUCGGGGAUGGAAGCUGCCUGUGCUUUGCUGGAUUCACUGGACCCCACUGUGACCAAGAGCUCCCGGUCUGCCAGGCCCUGAACUGUCCUCAGAACUCCCAGUGCUCUGCAGAGACCCCUACCUGCAGCUGCCUGCCUGGCCACACCCAGCAGGGCGGCGAAUGCCUAGCCCCUGACCCCUGCCAGCCGUCACCCUGCUCCCCAGUUGCCCAGUGCUCCGUGAGCCCCAGGGGGCAGGCACAGUGUCGCUGCCCUGAAAACUACCAUGGGGACGGAACGGUGUGCCUGCCUCAGGAUCCAUGCACCACCAACAACGGCGGCUGCCCCAGCAACUCCACCUUAUGUCUGUACAAGAGGCCAGGCCAGGCUUCCUGCUCAUGUAAGCCAGGCCUGGUCAGCACCAACCGCAAUGCCUCUGCGGGCUGCUUUGCCUACUGCUUCCCCUACUCCUGUGACCGGUCAGCCACCUGCCAGGUGACCCCUGAUGGAAAGACCAGCUGUGUGUGCAAGGACGGCGAGGUGGGAGAUGGGCGUGCCUGCUACGGACACCUGCUCCACGAGGUGCAGAAGGCCAGCCAGACGAGCAUGACGUUACUGCGGCUGAGAGUCGCCUUUGCCAUGCUGGACCAGGGCUGCCGGGAGAUCCUCAGUACAUCGGGCCCAUUCACCGUGCUGGCACCGUCCAUAUCCUCUAGGACCAUGAACGCAUCCCUUGCCCAGCAGCUCUGCAGACAGCACAUCAUCGCAGGGCAGCACAUGCUGGAGGAGUCAGGGACCCAGCCUACACGCAGGUGGUGGACGCUGGCUGGACAGGAGAUCACCGUCACUUUCGGCCGCUUCAGGCAGAAAUACACCUACAAGUACAAAGACCAGCCCCAGCAGACAUUCACCAUCCACAAGGCCAACUACCCAGCAGCCAAUGGCAUCUUCCACGUGGUCACUGCCCUGCGGUGGCAGCCCCCACCAGAGCUCCCGGAGGACCCCAAGAGGACAAUCGGCCAGAUCCUUGCCUCCACUGAGGCCUUCACCCGGUUUGAAACCAUCCUGGAGAACUGUGGGCUGCCCUCCUUCCUGGAUGGCCCUGGGCCCUUCACAGUCUUUGCCCCCAGCAAUGAGGCAGUGGAUGGCUUGCGGGACGGCCGCCUGGUCUACCUCUUCACAGCGGGUCUCUCCAAACUGCAGGAGCUGGUGAGGUACCAUGUCUAUAGCCACGGCCAGCUGACUGUUGAGAAGCUCAUCUCCAAGGGCCGGGUCCUCACCAUGGCAAAUCAGGUCCUGGCUGUGAAUAUCUCGGAGGAGGGGCGCAUCCUGCUGGGACCUGAGGGGGUACCCCUACGGAGAGUGGACGUGCUGGCUGCCAACGGCGUCAUCCACAUGCUGGAAGGCAUCCUGCUGCCCCCGACCAUCCUGCCCAUCCUGCCCAAGCUCUGCAACGAAGAGCAGCACAAGGUCGUGGCGGGCUCCUGUGUGGACUGCCAAGCCCUGAACACCAGCAUGUGCCCCCCCAACAGCGUGAAGCUGGACAUCUCCCCUGAGGAGUGUGUCUACAUCCAUGACCCUACUGGGCUGAACGUCCUGAAGAAGGGCUGCGCCCACUACUGCAAUCAGACCAUCCUGAAACCUGGCUGCUGCAAAGGGUUUUUUGGGCCUGACUGUGUGCAGUGUCCUGGGGGCUUCUCCAACCCCUGCUAUGGCAAAGGCAACUGCAGUGAUGGGGUCCAGGGCAGUGGGGCCUGCCUCUGCUUCCCAGACUACAAGGGCAUCGCCUGCCACAUCUGCUCCAACCCAAACAAGCAUGGAGACCAGUGCCGGCAAGACUGCGGCUGUGUCCACGGUCUAUGUGACAACCGUCCAGGCAGUGGGGGGGUGUGCCAGCGUGGCACAUGUGCCCCAGGCUUCAGUGGCCGCUUCUGCAACGAGUCCACAGGGAACUGUGGGCCCACAGAACAGGCCCAGCAGUGCCACCUGCAUGCCCGCUGCGUUAACCAGGGGGAUGUUGCCAGGUGUCUCUGUCUCGAUGGCUUUGAGGGUGACGGCUUCUCCUGCACACCCAGCAACCCCUGCUCUCGCCCAGACCGUGGCGGAUGCUCGGAGAACGCUGAGUGUGUCCCUGGGGCCCCAGGCACCCACCACUGCACGUGCCACAAGGGCUGGAGUGGGGACGGUCGUGUCUGCGUGGCCAUCGACGAGUGUGAGCUGGAUGUACGAGGCGGCUGCCAUGCUGACGCCCUCUGCAGCUAUGUGGGACCCGGGCAGAGCCAGUGCACCUGCAAGCUGGGAUUCGCGGGGGACGGCUACGUGUGCAGUCCCAUUGACCCCUGCCGGGCAGGCAACGGUGGCUGCCAUGAUCUGGCCACCUGCCGGGCAGUGGGAGGAGGUCAGCGGGUCUGCACAUGCCCCCCUGGCUACGGGGGUGAUGGCUUCAGCUGCUACGGAGACAUCUUCCAGGAGCUGGAGGCAAAUGCCCACUUCUCCAUCUUCUACCAGUGGAUCAAGGGGGCCGGCAUCACUCUUCCUGCUGACAGCCGAGUCACAGCCCUGGUGCCCUCGGAGUCUGCCAUCCGUAGGCUGAGCCCUGAGGACCAGGCCUUCUGGCUGCAGCCGGGGAUGCUACCGCAACUGGUCAGGGCCCAUUUUCUCCAGGGCGCCCUGUCUGAGGAGGAGCUGGCCCGGCUGGACGGGCAGAGUGUAGCCACCCUGAGCCCCACCGCACGCUGGGAGAUUCACAACAUCAGUGGGAGGGUCUGGGUGCAGAAUGCCAGCGUGGACGUGGCUGACCUCCUUGCCACCAAUGGUGUCCUACAUGUCCUCAGUCAGGUCUUACUGCCUCCGAGAGGGGAUGUGCUGGGGGGGCAGGGGUUGCUGCAGCAGCUGGACUCAGUGCCUGCCUUCCGUCUCUUCCGGGAGCUGCUGCAGCGCCACAGGCUGGUACCCCAGAUUGAGGCUGCCACCGCCUACACCAUCUUCGUGCCAACCAACCACUCUCUGGAGGCCCAGGCCAACAGCAGCGGCCUGGACUUGGACGUAGUGCGACACCAUGUGAUCCUGGGGGAGGCGCUUUCCACAGAGGCCCUGCGCAGGGGCGGACACCGCAACUCCCUCCUGGGCCCCACGCACUGGCUUGUCUUCUACAACCAUAGCGGCCAGCCCGAGGUGAACCACGUGCCGCUGGAAGGCCCUGUGCUGGAGGCCCCUGGCCGCUCACUGUUUGGCCUGUCCGGGGUCCUGACGGUGGGCUCAAGCCGCUGCCUGCACAGCCACGCAGAGGCCCUGCGGGAGAAAUGUGUAAAUUGCACCCGGAAAUUCCGCUGCACUCAAGGCUACCAGCUGGAGGACACCCCCAAGAAGAGCUGUGUCUACCGGUCUGGCUACUCCUUCUCCCGGGGCUGUUCUUACACGUGUGCCAAGAAGAUCCAGGUGCCUGACUGCUGCCCUGGCUUCUUCGGCACACUGUGUGAGCCGUGCCCAGGGGGUCUGGGUGGUGUGUGCUCGGGCCACGGGCAGUGUCAGGACAGGCUCCUGGGCAGUGGGGAGUGCCGCUGCCACGAGGGCUUCCACGGAACGGCCUGUGAGAUGUGUGAGCUGGGCCGCUACGGGCCCAACUGCACUGGAGUGUGUGACUGUGCCCACGGGCUGUGCCAGGAGGGGCUCCGAGGGGACGGAAGCUGUGUCUGUAACGUGGGUUGGCAGGGCCUCCGCUGUGACCAGAAAAUCACUGGCCCUCAGUGCCCACAGAAGUGUGACCCCAAUGCCAACUGCGUCCAGGACUUGGCUGCAGCCCCUGCCUGUGUCUGUGCCGCGGGGUACUCGGGCGACGGCAUCUACUGUGCAGUGGUGGACCUUUGUGCCCAUGACCAUGGGGGCUGCUCCCCCCACGCCAACUGCACCAAUGUGGCACCUGGUCAGCGGACAUGCACCUGCCUGGAUGGCUACACGGGUGAUGGGGAGCUGUGCCAGGAAGUUAACGGCUGUCUCAUCCACCACGGGGGCUGCCACAUGCACGCCGAAUGUAUCCCCACCGGCCCCCAGCAGGUCUCCUGCAGCUGCCGCGAGGGCUACAGUGGGGACGGCAUCCGGACUUGUGUGCUCCUGGACCCCUGCUCCCAGAACAAUGGAGGCUGCAGCCCCUAUGCUGUGUGCAAAAGCACAGGGGAUGGCCAGAGGAUGUGUACCUGCGAUGCAGUCCACACUGUGGGUGAUGGCUUCACCUGCCGUGCCCGAGUCGGCCUGGAGCUCCUUCGGGACAAGCAUGCCUCAUUCUUCAGCCUCCAUCUCCUGGAAUACAAGGAGCUCAAGGGGGAUGGGCCUUUCACAAUCUUUGUGCCGCACGCAGAUCUAAUGACCAACCUGUCGCAGGAUGAGCUGGCCCGGAUUCGUGCCAAUCGCCAGCUUGUGUUCCGCUAUCACGUGGCUGGUUGCCGGCAGCUGCGAAGCCAGGAGCUGCUAGAGGAGGGCUAUGCCACCACACUCUCCGGGCACCCGCUGCGCUUCAGUGAGAGGGAGGGCAACAUAUACAUCAAUGACUUCGCGCGCAUGGUGAGCAGCGACCACGAGGCUGUGAACGGUGUCUUGCAUUUCAUCGACCGUGUCCUGCUGCCACCUGAAGCGCUGCACUGGGAGCCUGACGCUGCCCCGAUUCCGCAGAGAAACUUCACCGCCGCUGCGGAGAGCUUCGGUUACAAGAUCUUCAGUGGCCUUGUGACGAUGGCUGGUCUGCUGCCCCUGCUUCGAGAUUCAUUCCAUAGGCCCUUCACAAUGCUGUGGCCCACAGACUCCGCCCUGCAAGCCUUGCCUCCCGAUCGCCAGGUCUGGCUAUACCAUAAAGACCACCGUGACAAGCUGGCAGCCAUUGUGCGGGGCCACGUGAUCCGCAACAUCGAGGCCUUGGCAUCUGACCUGCCCAACCUGGGCCCACUGCGCACCAUGCACGGGACCCCCAUCUCCUUCUCCUGCAGCCGUGCCCGGCCGGGUGAGCUCACGGUGGGAGAGGAGGACGCCCGGAUUGUGCAGCGACACCUGCCCUUUGAGGGGGGCCUGGCUUAUGGCAUCGACCAGCUGCUGGAGCCACCUGGCCUUGGUGCCCGGUGUGACCGCUUUGAGACUCGGCCUCUGUGGCUGAAGGUUUGCAGCGUUUGUGGGCUGGAACCACCCUGUCCUGAGGGCUCACAGGAGCAGGGCAGCCCUGAGGCCUGCUGGCGCUACUUCUCAAAGUUCUGGACGUCUCCUCCGCUGCACUCCUUGGCACUGCGCAGUGUUUGGGCCCGGCCCAGCCACUGGGGUCAGCCCCAAGGCCUGGGCAGGGGCUGCUACCGCAACUGUGUCACCACCACCUGGAAGCCCAGCUGCUGCCCUGGUCACUAUGGCAGUGAGUGCCGAGCUUGCCCUGGGGGUGCCAGCAGCCCCUGUAAUGGCCAUGGUACGUGUAUGGACGGCAUGAGCGGCAGCGGGAAGUGUAGGUGCCAUUCGAGGUUUGCCGGGAUGGCAUGUGAACUCUGUGCCCCAGGCGCCUUUGGGCCCCUUUGCCAAGCCUGCAACUGUACCUCCCAUGGCCACUGCGAUGAGGGCCUGGGGGGCUCUGGCUCCUGCUUCUGUGAUGAGGGCUGGACUGGGCCACACUGUGAGGUGCAGCUGGAGCUGCAGCCUGUGUGUGCUCCACCUUGCGCAUCCCAGGCCGUGUGCCGCGCUGGCCACAGCUGUGAGUGCAGCCUGGGCUACGAAGGGGAUGGCCGCACGUGCACAGUGGUAGACCUGUGCCAGCAUGGGCGUGGCGGGUGCAGCGAGCAUGCCAACUGCAGCCAGGUAGGCACAGUGGUCACCUGCACCUGCCUGCCCGACUACGAGGGUGAUGGCUGGAGCUGCCGGGCCCGCAACCCCUGUGAGGAUGGCCACCGCGGGGGCUGCAGCGAGCACGCUGACUGCCUGAGCACUGGACCGAACACACGGCGCUGUGCGUGCCACGCCGGCUACGUGGGUGAUGGACUGCAGUGUCUGGAGGAGCCUGAGCCGCCCGUGGACCGCUGCCUGGACCAGCCACCACCCUGUCACGCGGACGCUGUGUGCACUGACCUGCACUUCCAGGAAAAACGAGCCGGUGUCUUCCACCUCCAGGCCCCCAGUGGCUCCUACAGCCUGAAUUUCUCACAGGCCGAGGCAGCCUGUGGGGCCCAAGGAGCUGUGCUUGCUUCUCUCCCUCAGCUCUCUGCUGCCCAGCAGCUGGGCCUCCACCUCUGCCUUGUGGGCUGGCUGGCCAAUGGCUCGGCUGCCCAUCCCGUCGUUUUCCCGGCAGCAGACUGUGGCGAUGGUCAGGUGGGCGUGGUCAGUCUGGGUGCCCGGGAGAACCUGUCGGAGCGCUGGGACGCCUACUGCUACCGCAUGCAAGACGUGGCCUGCCGAUGCCGUGAUGGCUUCGUGGGUGAUGGGGCCAGCGUGUGCAAUGGGAAGCUGCUUGAUGUACUGGCCACCACCGCCAACUUCUCUACCUUCUACGGGAUGCUACUGGGUUAUGCCAAUGCCACCCCGAGGGGUCUCGACUUCCUGGACUUCCUGGACGACGAGCUCACCUACAAGACACUCUUCGUCCCUGUCAACGAAGGCUUUAUGGACAACCUGACACUGAGUGGCCCAGACCUGGAGCUACACGCCUCCAAUACCACCUUCCUGAGCACCAACGCCAGCCAGGGUACCUUGCUUCCCGCCCACUCGGGCCUCAGCCUCGUCAUCAGUGACAUGGGCCCCGACGACAGUUCUCGGGCCCCUGUGGUGAGUCUGGAGGCUGCCCCUCCCCUACUGGCCCCAGCCCUCACUCACCCACCGGGCCUGACCCUGGUCUCCCUACAGGUCCCAGGAGCAGUUUUGGUUAGCCACGUCAUUGUGUGGGACAUCGUGGCCUUCAACGGCAUCAUCCACACUCUGGCCAGCCCCCUUCUGGCACCCCCACAGCCUCGGGCAGUGGUGGCCCCGGAGGCCCCACCUGUGGCAGCAGGCGCAGGGGCUGUGGUAGCUGCUGCAGCGCUCCUUGGCCUCGCGGCCGGAGCCCUGUACCUUCGUGCCCGAAGCAGGUCCGCAGGCUUUGGCUUCUCUGCCUUCCAGGCGGAAGAUGCUGCUGCUGAUGACUUCUCCCCAUGGCAGGAAGGGACGAGCCCAACCCUGGUCUCUGUCCCCAACCCGGUCUUUGGUAGCCAUGAUGCCUUUUGUGAGCCCUUUGACGACGCGCUCCUGGAGGACGACUUCCCUGACACCCAGAGGAUCCUCGAGGUCAAGUGACGCAGCCGGUGCUGAAGCAGAGGCAUGAGCAGGAGGGAGGCAGCUUUUAUUGCCCAGAGUGGGUGGGACAGCAGGGGCUGGGCCUGGUCCACACAAUAAAGGUACCCUCAGCGGAUGUGGGCCAUAUCGCCAA